GGUCCAAGUAUAAGUCUACAUACCCAACACAAGUCACUUGACUGCCAUCUGCCAAAAUACCGCCACCUUUCCUCACGCGAUGGUAUUUACCAGACUCUCCUCACAAGAAAAAGACGCCUUCUUUGAGCUUCUAGACGAGUCCGCGCCAUCUCUCUCUCAGUCAGUCCCUCAUAUAUGCGCUGACCAUGCUCGCAGGUACUUCCAAUCCCGCCCUGAGAUACUCGCCAACGUUAACACAAGCAAUGGCACGAGCAGCGCCCAAGAUCCAUCCGCAGCCGCUGCAUCAGCCGUUCACCGCGCUCUCGCCCAAAACCCCGAAGUCACUUCCAAGAUCGUCUCCGCCGGUAUGACGCAUGGACUCGCAAAGUCCAAUAACCCAUAUGCAUCCACGUUAGCCAGUAAUCCACAAGUGAACAAUUCCGUAGGAAGAGUAGCAGCAGCUUCGCUUGCGUUUACCGGUGGUGGCCCAAACUCAUUCUCAUCUUCAAACGCUUCAAAAUCCCUAGUUCCUUCCCUCCCUUCACGCAGCUCCAGCACAGUCAGCGCAUCCUCACCAGGGUCCGAGAUCGAUAAACUCGUCACGAAAAAGUCGAGCGUCUUGGGCGCAUUUAGGAAAGCACCCGUAGCAAACGUAGUAGCUAUACCCUCUGCAUUCCAACCGCCCAAGGCAUCCUCAUUCGGCCCACCUCCAACUCGGCGCACGACAUCAGAAACGAGCACUCCUGAGCCUGUUGCUGCUAGAUCCCCACCACCCAUCCUCCCACGGCGUGCAGUCGAACCGGAACCUGAGGAACCACAAGGGGAGUGGGCAGAGGUGUUGUAUGAUUAUAGUAGUGAGGAUCCUGGCGAUUUGGAAGUUCAAGCUGGCUCUCGUGUAUUUGUCACUGCAAAGUCUUCUGAUGACUGGUGGACGGGUCAGAUAGAGGGUCAAGGAAAGGAGGGAUUGUUCCCUGCCUCAUACGUGAAAUUGUUGUAAUCUUUAUCUGACGUCGAUGUAGAAUACCACUAUCGUUUCAAAUGUAAUGCGGCAAGUGAGUGCAGUAGACUUAUAUCGGUCCUGGCAAAUUUGUACAACACGCCAUCACAAGUGUCCUAAAUACUACAAUCAGGCAGCCUACUCGCAAUGUUAUCCAGUCAUCGUGAAAUCAUAGUAUGUAUGUAUGUAUACAUCCACUGAACUACAAGUAAUCGACGAGCGGUAUGGUUAUCUCACGGAUACAGAACGAGAGUAGGAAUAGAGCUACAGUGGUGUCCGACGCCCAUGUCACCGAGAUGAAGGAUGCGUCCAGGAAUGGGAUGAAAAACAAGUCCGAGGGGUGGGUAACGUGAUGUCCAGAGUACGAUAGGUGAUAGUGAUGUGCCAGGAAACAACGUGAAGAUUGAUACAGAAAUGAGGAGGUUAGAUGACGUAUGAAAGCACGUCCGUC